AUGCGCGGUUUACAAUCCAUCCCAGCCGUUCAGAUGGCAUUCGCCUGCAUCGCCUCGGCGAGUACUACAAUCCCACUUCUCUCGACUGAAUACGGGACAGUCUUUGAUGCCCCCAUGAAAAUUGGCAAUCAAAGUUUCCACAUGCUCGUCGACACCGGAAGCAGUGAUACAUAUGUGAUGAAGACUGGGUAUACUUGCCUCAAUGCCACCGACAACCUCGUCAUGGGUGAAGAGGAUUGUUUAUACGGAAACAAGACCUACCAGCCUUCUGACACCCACGUUCGAGUCGCAAAUGAGAAUUUUGGUAUCCAAUAUGGCGCCGGGCUUGCCAGCGGUUAUUUCGUAUACGAGAAUGUCUCGCUGGGAAACGUGACCACCAGACAGAAAGUCGGCAUUGCCAAUCGAUCCAAUCCAAUGGGAGAUGGAGUGAACAGCGGCUUAUUAGGUCUCGCAUAUCCCUCAAUUACCUCGGCGCAUCCGGGUAAUGUCACAGACAACACCACCUACUGGUACAACCGUCUACCCUAUGAUCCCCUGGUCAACACCAUGCACAAGAAGGGUCUGGUUGAGCCAUACUUCAGUCUUGCCUUGGCACGAUCUCCUCAAAACACAUCUACGGCUUUCGGAGGAUACUUGACACUCGGGGGCCUUCCUCCCGUCAGCUAUAGUCCUGAAUUCGCCGUGGCUCCGGUGGAAAUCACAGACAUCCCUCUCAAUUUUACCUCUGGGAAGCGUGUUCUCUCAUACUGGUCGACGACAAUCCGCGAGGCUGCAUUUGGGACAUCCUCCAGCAAUCUCACCACCAUUUCGACCAAGUUCCAGACCUUCAUUGAUUCUGGCAACUAUGUGACCUAUCUUCCCUCUUCCAUUGUCGACCGCGUCAAUGCCCUCUUCUCGCCCCCGGCCGUAUACAACGAGGAGUUGAAAGUAUCUGUUGUCGACUGUUCUGCCAAGCCACCUCAGUUCGGGUUGAAGAUGGGGAAUCAAACAUUCUUCCAUAAUGGAUCUGAUUUGCUAUUUCGGCUUCCCGACGGCUUUUGUGUGUCCAGCCUCGUUGCGUCUGAGGAGGUGUCCAUUGAAGGUCUGACAGUGAACAUCCUCGGAGUGUCUUUCUUGAAGAAUGUGCUUACAGUAUUUGAUUUCGGGCGCGAUGAGAUGAGAUUUGCGAAGUUAUUGGAAGUCGGUGAAAAUGGCACAGUCUCCGGCAAUGAGACUCAGCCUGCAGCGUUUUCGAUUGCUGCGAGAGGGACAGUCCCAUCAAGCCUUGCUGCACUUGUACUUUCUAUUACUUUGAUUUUCGUUCUCGGUUUCUGA